AUGCCGCCACGCUCUCUGUUAUCACUCGGACUCCCAAAAGACAUCCUCGCAGCACUUGUCCGCAACGGCUACGAGACAGUGCAAGAUCUGACAUCAGCCACUCUCGAUUCUCUAUCCAAAGACCUCAACUUGCCUCAGUCAGAGAUCGAAGCGCUGUUCGCUCAACGAUCUAUAUCGUUAUCUAGCGCGUCGUCGUCGAUAUUCGCUGCAUCCUCUUCCUCUUCCUCUUCCUCUUCCUCCUUAUCCUUAUCCUCAUCCGCUGCUGCUGCUGUAAGACCCAUCCCACCAGCACCCACCCCAUCCCUCCCACACACCCAAUCCGCCGCCGCCCUCCUCCGCACCGCACAUGCACAACGCACCUCCACGCGCUGCGCUGCGCUCGAUGCGCUUCUCCUCCUCGGCAGCAGUAGUUGUAGUAGUAGUAGCCGAGGUGGUCAGGGUGCGGAUGGUGGUGGUGGUGGUGAAGGAGCAGAACGAGGAGGCGGACUCCCGCGCGGACACAUUCUCGAGCUCUCAGGCCCGCCUGGGUCCCCGAAGGAACGCCUUGCGAUGGGUCUCGUCGCAGAGGUCGUGGGUCGAGGCGAGGAGGUCAUCUUUGUCGAUUGUCAGCAUAUGACAACGCCCGCGGUGCUCGCUCGCGCUCUAAAAGACCACCUCCCAGCGCACGACGCACAAAACGCGAUACAGCGUAUCCAGUACACGCACAUCCACGACCUCGCACAGUUCUUGUUGUUUAUAUACCAGCUGCCUGCUAUACUCGCCGCGGCGCCAAAGGUCACUUUGCUCGCUAUCACCUCCAUCUCAUUUCCCUUCCAGAACCAGAACGCGCACCUGAGCCCCGCGGAAAGGAGCGCGCAUUUUGAGCGUGUGAAGCAGGCGUUUGCGAGGGCGACGGCUGCGGGGAGGGUUAGUAUCGUGCUGACUUCGCAGCUCUCGACGAAGAUGGUACACGCGGACGGUACACAUGCGACAUUUGACACGAGUGGUGCGCGAGGGGUUAUGUUGCCCCAGCUCGCGCCUGCGUAUUUGCCAGCUGGAAAAGCGCAUAGAGUGAUGAUUUCCCUUGACGGGUUGCUUUCAGGGCAGAUGAAGAUACUCUCGAACCCUUUAUUCCCGCAUGGGAGCAAUGCGACUGUAAAUAUGAAGAUGAAGGCGGAUAUGCAGGUGGUUGUGAAAUCUUUUGUCAUUGAGGAGGGGCGUGUGGUUUAA